AUGGCACAAGCACCAGCCUGCACGCACGCCGUAUGCCAUUGGCCCUCUCUUGUUGGCCGUCGGUCAUCUAUAAAUCAUCGUCGGUCACUGCCGCAUCGCAGCCUGUCCCUCAUCACCACCUCGAAGGUCACCACCCAGCCCGGCCCCUACCUCUCGAGCUGCCUCCAUCUCUCGCCCGAUCCGGUCAUCCUCUGCCCUUUCCUGAACGGUCCACCUGCUCCCCACCUCGCCCUCCCCCGCCCACCGACGACGCCCAAGAUGCUCUUUGCCCGCCUCUCAUCCACGUUUGCCUGCCUGGCCGUCGCCCUCCUGGCAGGCACCACCAGCGCCGGCCCCGUCGUUCUGGAGCGCGACGACGCCAGCAGCGCCAAUAGCCUCGCCAACAUCACGUCGAGCUACCAGGCCUUUGUCAAGAGCUUCCGGAACACGACCCUCGUCGACGACGUCUUCACCGCCGAGUUCUACCAGACGCCCUCGACGCCCUCGCUGGCCGACUCAAAGCCGGGUACCAUCCUGCGCAUCGAAAAGGUGACGGGCGGGCCAAAGGAGGCCAAGUUUGGCCAGCUGCCCGAGGGUUCGACGCUGUGGAGGAUCAACUACGUCUCGGUCGACUACCAGAACAAGCACGUCCCCGCCACCGGCUUCGUCCUGGCGCCAUAUGUCAAGUCCAACAAGACCGUCGCGUGGGCCCACGGCACCUCGGGCAUCACGCGCGAGUGCGCGCCCAGCGACCAGGCGCAGCUCUACUACGGCUGGCGCGCCGUCUUCCAGCUCGUGGCGCAGGGCUAUAACGUCGUCGCGCCCGACUACGCCGGCCAGGGCAGCGACACCCAGUUCAACUACGUCGAGGCCGUCACGCACGCCUACGACGUGACCAACGCCGUCGCCGCCGCCAAGUCGGCCAUCCCCGAGCUCAACAUCGACAAGUGGGCCGUCGUCGGCCACAGCGAGGGCGGCAUGACGGCCUGGAGCACCACCGAGUACCAGAGCGGGCUCAAGACGUCGGACGGCUUCCUGGGCGGCGUCUCGCUCGCCCCCUCGAUGAACCCGCGCGAGAUCAACGCGCGCACCCUGGCCACGACCGAGUCGCGCGCCCUGGUCGAGCAGCAGGGCAGCGUCUUCUACACGAUCAACGUCUUUGAGUCGAUCCGACGCAUCUUCCCCACCCUCAGCCGCGACCGGUACCUGACGGACCUGGGCAAAAAGUACCUCGACCUGUACCUAGCCGGCGGAUGCUUCCCCGCCGCCACCAUGUUCUUUGGCUCGAUCAAGGUCGACUCGCUCUGGAAGGACUACACGUGGCCUACGGCGCGCGAGGCGCUGCAGUGGGCCAAGCUCAUCAAGUCCGAGGGACGCGCCCGGCUCACCAAGCCGCUGCUGGUGCUCCAGGGCGACAUGGACGAGGCCGUCUGGCCGACGAUCAACCACGAGACGUUCGAUGCGCACUGCAAGAAGUUUGACAACAAGUCGCCCAUCCAGUUUGUCUUUUACAAGAACGUGCUCCACGCGCCCAUCAUCCACGCCGGCUCGCCGCGCUGGUUUGCCUUCCUCGAGGACCUCUUUGCCAACCGCAAGCCGCGCGACUUUAGCCACUGCAAGACGCUCAACGUCACCGGCGUCGAGCAGCACUAG